CACAAAAACAAGUAAGAGGCCAUAGUGUAUCAAGUUACAUUCACUAAACAGCAAGGACUUUGACAAUUGGACCCCAUUUGGCCCAUUUUAUAUGUUCAUUUUACAUAAAGUAUUUGAAUAAAGGUACAUCAACAUACACAUGAAUUAAGAGGCAUUUUCGCCAUACACGUUAAACCACAAGGAUAUUACUGUCAAAAUGCUCUUCAAAGCUUCCAUUUUCGUAAUGAUUGCGUUCAUCCACAACGUUCACUCUCACGGCGAAUCUGAUGAUCAUGGCGGAGAACGAUGCCUAGAGGGACCAUUUCAUAAGACCAGCCCGUCCCCAGAGGGACCGGAUUACAACGAAUGCUUCUCGUGGAAGAAUAAAUCAUGUUGCACUGCAGAGUUUACGCAGGAGUUGAGAGCCAACAAGUCUGUAAAUAUCUACAAUUUUCACUGGGAUCAUUGUGGGCCGAUUUCUCAGCCAUGCGAACAGUUUAUCAAAGACGAAGAAUGUUUCUACCAAUGUGAGCCAGAGUUGAUAAAGUACCAGCACCCAGACCCCGACAAAAAACGUAUGGCCCAUAAGGUUCCGAUAUGCGCCGACUACUGCAACCAGUGGUUCGAUGCCUGCAUGUAUGACCGUACGUGCGUUAGCAACUGGCAGAGUGACUUCCAUUACAUAGACGAGGUUUACAAAUGUCCCAACAAUACAAUAUGUAGAACAUACCAGGACAUGUACAGGGACGGUAGGGGACUAUGUAAUAACAUGUGGGGACAGUCGUUCUACUAUGAAGACAAGGGUUACUGUAUGGUGAUGAAGUUCGAUCCUACAACUGGCAACCCAAACAUUAGGACAGGGGUAAACACUGGAUCGUGCCUGAAAACAUUAUGGCACUCUUCUCUUGCCAUUGUUAUGGCGAUGUUGAUGGAGUACAUAGACAGAUUGUAAAUGUAGUUUGGAGAAGCAGAAAUAGAGAUAUGUGUACAGCCAAUGUGUAUGUAUUGCAUACAGUAGAACUCAACCACAGGCUGGUAUCGGAAGAUUUGUCCGUUGUGACGGAGCAUGCUAUUUUUCAUAAAAACUUUCUAAGAAUACUUCACAAUUUAUUUUUAAAUCGUUAUAUUUCGUUAUAUCAAAGAAAAUUACUUACUCCAUGCAAUGGAUAUAUCAUUUGAGGAAAAGCUAUUGAGAACGGUGCCAGAGUAUCAUAUUCUGAAAUGCACCAUUUCUUUUUAACUUUUUAAUGGCAUGAUUGAUGACACGACACAUAGUGACACG